UUACAGAUUCCAUCUCACUAAUUAAAAAUGCUGAGGUGGUCAAUUUUUAUCAAUUCCAUGUUCCCCAGUAAUGUUUAACCUUCACUUAAAAAAAUCUAGGAGAUAAAAGAGCAUGUUAUCUUGGAAGGUCCAUUCCACCCCCAGUGGUUAUUAAUUUCAGAACACAUCUGAAUUCUUUCUCUAUGACAUACGCUUCAGGAGAAGAACAGACAGCUCUUGACCAAGGUCUGAUCUCAACUUCUCAGCUCUUGGUACCGAUACCACUACCAGAUUCUUCUUUGCAGUCCACUUUGAAGAUCUUCUGAAAUACAACUUGGUGUGUGAAGAUUCACACAGGUGCCUCUGGUCAUCUUUGUUCUCAAAGAAUCAGUUUCCCCUCUCUGCACAGCAGCUGCUGUACUAAGCUGUGCGUUUGGAAACAUCCCCCUGAGACCUGGGUGAAAGCAACUCUCUGGUGCUAAACUUCUCAGCAUGGAGGUGAAGAACUUUGCAGUUUGGGAUUAUGUGGUGUUUGCAGCCCUCUUUGUCAUUUCCUCUGGAAUUGGUGUGUUCUUUGCCAUUAAGGAGAGAAAAAAGGCAACUUCCAGGGAGUUCCUGGUGGGAGGAAGGCAAAUGAGCUUUGGCCCUGUAGCCUUGUCCCUGACAGCCAGCUUCAUGUCAGCAGUCACUGUGCUGGGGACCCCUUCCGAGGUCUACCGCUUUGGGGCAUCCUUCGUACUGUUCUUCAUUGCCUAUGCAUUUGUCAUCAUCUUGACGUCAGAGCUCUUUCUCCCUGUGUUCUACAGAUCUGGCAUCACCAGCACUUAUGAGUACUUGCAACUACGAUUCAACAAAUCAGUUCGCUAUGCAGCAACAGUCAUCUACAUCGUGCAGACGAUUCUCUACACAGGGGUGGUGGUGUAUGCUCCUGCCCUGGCCCUUAAUCAAGUGACUGGGUUUGAUCUCUGGGGCUCUGUGUUUGCAACAGGAAUUGUUUGCACAUUCUACUGUACCCUGGGUGGAUUAAAAGCAGUGGUGUGGACAGACGCAUUUCAGAUGAUUGUCAUGAUCGUGGGCUUCUUAACGGUUCUCAUUCAAGGAUCGGCUCAAACUGGUGGAAUACACAAAGUGAUGGAGCAAGCAGCAAAUGGAUCCCGACUAAAUAUAUUUGACUUUGAUGUAGAUCCUCUCAGGCGGCACACUUUUUGGACAAUCUCAGUGGGAGGGACAUUUACGUGGCUUGGAAUCUAUGGAGUUAAUCAAUCAACCAUCCAGCGAUGCAUCUCUUGCAAAACAGAAAAACAUGCUAAGCUCGCCUUGUACUUUAACUUGCUGGGUCUGUGGAUCAUUCUGGUGUGUGCUGUCUUCUCCGGGUUAAUCAUGUACACCUACUUCAAAGACUGUGACCCUUGGACGUCUGGCAUCAUCUCAGCACCAGACCAGCUAAUGCCGUACUUUGUCAUGGAGAUAUUUGCCACAAUGCCAGGAUUGCCAGGACUUUUUGUGGCUUGUGCCUUCAGUGGAACUCUGAGCACCGUGGCUGCCAGCAUCAAUGCCUUAGCAACAGUGACCUUUGAGGAUUUUGUCAAGAACUGCUUCCCCCAUCUCUCUGACAAGCUGAGCACCUGGAUCAGUAAAGGCUUAUGUCUCUUAUUUGGCGUGAUUUGUACCUCUAUGGCUGUGGCUGCAUCCCUCCUUGGGGGUGUUGUACAGGCUGCCCUCAGCAUCCAUGGAAUGUGUGGGGGACCAAUGCUGGGUUUAUUCUCUCUGGGAAUCAUAUUCCCUUUUGUGAACUGGAAGGGUGCGUUAGGAGGUCUUCUCACUGGAAUCACCUUGUCAUUUUGGGUGGCCAUUGGGGCCUUCAUUCACCCUGCACCAGCUGCUAAGACAUGGCCCUUGCCUUUAUCGACAGACCAGUGUAUCCAAUCCAAUAUGACAGCGACAAUACCUCCUGUGCUAUUCAGCAGACCCGCAGUAGCUGACACCUGGUACUCGCUCUCCUACCUUUACUACAGUGCUGUGGGCUGCUUGGGAUGCAUCAUUGCAGGGGUGAUCAUCAGCUUCCUAACAGGUCAUGAAAGAGGGGAGAAUAUUCAACCAUUGUUAAUUAGGCCAGUUGGCAAUUUGUUUUGCUUUUGGUCUAAGAAAUACAAAAGACUGUGCUGGUGUGGAGUUCAGCACGACAGUGGGACAGAGCAGGAAAACCUUGAGAAUGGCAGCACCUGGAAACAAGGAGCUGAAUCUGUCUUACAGAACGGACUCAGAAGAGAAAGCCUGGGCCAUGUUCCAGGCUAUGACCCCAAGGACAAAAGCUACAAAAAUAUGGCAUUCCAGGUUACUCCUUUUUAAGACAAUCUAUGUAUGCACGUGCGCACACAUGUUCUCCACGUACCUGUUUUUUAGUAAACUUGGGUAGUCGCCAUUGCUAGAAGACAAGGAUGCCCAAUGCCUAUUUAUACUUACUUAUAACUACCAGCCAAAUGGCUGUUUCUCAGGAUAUUCCUUGAAAAACCUCAAGUUUCAAGUUACAAAAACAUCCUGGCCCUAAAGUUCUGACUACUUCCUUCUUGAAUACAGUAGGGCUGAAUUUCAUCACCCUGCAAGGAAUCACAUCUCUUUGCCUCUUGUCAUGUUAAACUUCAGAGUCUUCAUGUUCCUAGUUUUUCAACCAUCAAAAUACACUGGAAUUCAAAGGCAGAUGGGGAAAGGGAAUAUGAGUGUGAAAUGCUCCUCUGCUGCUAUUUUUAAACAGGUGAAUGGCAUUCACCCCCAACAUCGUACCUCACAUGUAUGUAGACACAUUUCAUGCACCUGCUGUGUGCCGCCCCCUCCCCAAUCCUGCAGCUGCAGUUGGAACACUUACCUGCUAUUAACAUCCCCUCACUGAUACUGUUAGGCCCUCUUCCAGUCAUUAACUUUCCUCAUUAAUCAUUAAACAUUAUUCUGCUAAGCACAGAGGAGAGACUAGUAUGUCUGGCUAAUGGGAGCAAGUGAAAAAGAACAGAAUUUCUAGAAACACUUUUGUGAAGUCCAGAAAAGCUAAUUAAGCUGUUGAUCUAAGUAUUUGCAAGUUAAGUGGUACAAUUAUGUUCCAAAUGAUUCUUUCUGUACAUUUCUACAAAUUUAUUUGUACACAUACAUGCACACACAUACAUAGUGAAUAUUGAAAUCCAGGCCAAACCUAACUGACUUAGUUAAUACCUUAUGAUAGGAAGGAAAUAAAAGCAAACAAAAGUAACCCUGAGGAUGAAAAUUAGAUUAACAGUAGGCGUAGGCAUUAGAUAUGUGUGUGUGUGGGGUAUCUACAUACAUAUAUAUAUAUAGUGAUAUAUAUAUGCAUAUAUAACUUGGAAAUCAUUUCAAAAUUGUUAAUUUUCACUUAAAAUUGUACAAAAUAAAAUAUGUCAUUUAAUUUUUCAUUUCACUCAAAAAUUAUUCUAAAAACAUUUCACUGGGUCAAAACUUCCCCUAGGGAGUUUUAGGAUUCUUGUUCUUUUUGAGACCCUAAUUCUCUUAAUUGGAAUGUUACCAAAAUACUAUACAACUGGAAGAUACUCACAUUAUCAUAAAAACAGCUUUGUGUGAUUGGUGGGAUUACACCUGCAGUGCAUUUUACAAGGGAACAUGUGAAACUUAGUAAAUGUAGAAUAUAAAUGUCUUAACACAAUAACUAAGAAAAUGCCAGGAAGGCUUUGUUAACCAGUGUGACGAAAAUGUGUCAAACUGUCUAUAAAACCAGUGUAUGGUGCCCCAUGAUUGCAUUAGUACACAGCUAUAAGUUAAUAAUAAAAAAAGACCUGAGAAAUGAAAUAUCUAAAUAAAUGGAGGUUAUGAAUGUCAAACAAACAAACAACAACAACAAAAAACAACCCAGCUUUGCCUUCCCUUUCUCAAAUGUAACAAAGUGUACGACAUUAGGAGGUGAUAUUUCCAGAGAUUUUAGAGGUCAGUGCAGAGAUGCCUUCCAUUUUUCUUAAUUGAACAGGCAUGAAAAUAUCCCAGGCUUCAGGGAAAGAGCAGACGGGAAUCCAGAGGGAAGCAAUUUGCUACAGUGUAUCAAAACCAUGUCUGUGGUGUGGGGAAGCAGAAGGGAGCUGUGACCACCACUGCUGAUAUAGUCACCUCCUUAGUGACAGCAUUUCUCCACCACCCUCACACUUCCCUAGGAACGUCAGCUCACAGUGUGUCAAGGUCACUGGUGCAGUACGGAAGUGGGUUGAACUUGUAGCUAUUUAUUGAGAUAAAACUAUGAAUGACGACUUCCUAGACUGACUUAAAAUAUGCCAAGCUUGAUGCCAGCCCCUGUACUUUAAUACACUAUCACAGAUGUUGGAAAAGUGGAACAGAAUGAUCUCAAUGCCUCUUUCACUCAAUUUGAAUGACAUUUAUUUUGAUGACAUUCUGGUUGUCACCAUUUGAAGAACAAAUACAACAGCUAUUGACUGAGGUGAGGGAUUGGAGUUAAAUGAUGUAGGUCCAAACGUAAGUUCUGACACAAAUCUAGGUAAUUUGGAUCAUGACUUUUUAAACCUCUAUUUACCGAUUAAAAGGAGUAAAACAUUUCUCUAAUCGGGUUCUUGUGAGGAUUAACAGAGGUAAAUCAUAAAGUGGUCUGUGUACAACAUCUAAUACUUACUUUGCACAAUAUGAAGAAAAUUAGGUUCACUUUAAUUUGAAUUGUUUCACUAUUUCUCUUCAGAAUUUCUAAGACAUUAGCUUAGAACAAGUAUUGCUGAAAUACUUUGAAAGUUAGAGAUAAUAAGAUAAACACAAGUGUAAAUUAAAAAUCAUGCCUUGACUUUCCAAAAAGUAGCUUUUUAAUGUCAAAGUUUAAGUAAAAUAUGAUUUUUUGAAGAAUACAUUUUUAAAGGUUUUUAAUUCUUGAAAAAAAGAGAAAA